AGAGCAACCAGCCUGGAUCAGUCAUUCUGGCACAUCAACAAUUCUGACGUUGGACCUCAGAACAUUUCCAUGCUGUCACUGUCGUACAAUAGGUCAAAUGCAUCCCAAGUUCAAGUGGGCACCGGUUAUCGGUGAUGGAUACCUGCCUGGCUGUUUCGGUUGCACCCGACCACUCAGAGUUGCUAUACGGAUUGGCAUGCAAGGUUAGUAUUCAGCUAGCCGCGGAGUCACACCACGAGGACAAACCGACGUCAACCCACGAUCAGACACGUUCCAGCUCUCAGGAUUUCUGUCCUCAAAUAUCCUCAUGGACCCCUCAGCUGCCUGCUGUUUGAAAAAAACCCAUAUCCAUACCUAACCAAAUGCUUUUAGGCUUAAGCUCGACCUCAAUGAUCGACGACGGCUACAGCAAUGAAGGAAAUGCAAUGCAAAGAGCCAUCAGGCAGGACCCAAUGUCUAUAACUCUUGAUGGCCCGGCUAUUUUCACGCUUGCUACAUCUCUCGCACUAAGUGUGCAUUUCUUUCAACCCUCACUUAUUGCCUUGGUUACUGCUGUCGCCCCAAUUCUCCUCUACAUCCGAAAUGAUUUCCACAAUUAUCUCAAGCUAGGUCCUGGUGGGACACCAGCAACCUUUCAAGGCUAUCUCAAGAUCAACUGGCUGAGGCUAUGGACUCUGAAAGAUCCGCUUGAACCCCCCGAACCUGAUGCAAGCAGCUAUCCAUCGGCAGGAAUCUUGAGCAAGAACCCUCUCCCUCUUCGAUGUGGUCCACGGCCAACAGUGGUGGGCAUUGCACCUCAACGACAGAUUGACCAGCAAGGACCUAGAGAAUGCUACCUGGCGCUACGAGAGAUCCUGGAAAACCAUGGCAAGAAGCACGACGACGUUAUUGGUCUCGGCACUUCAUGCUUCGAGAAGCACGGUCUAGGUCUAUUCGCACGACAUCCUGUCAAUUACACUUGUGCAGGGGAGAUAUGCCAUGUACACAAUUCAGACCAGUCGAUGCAUAUGACUCUGCACCCAGAUGAUGUGAGGGAGGUAUUACUCAAGGGCUGGGGUCAAAGGCAUCCACUUGCGUGUAGGGGCAGGUGGUUCAAGAUGCCCGUACCAAGACAGUUUGUCAUGAUCUAUUCUCCAAGGACUAUGGACGAGGUCAAGAUCGUGUGCAAAAUCAUCGAAGCUGCAGGUUGGUGGUGCAUGGCAAAGGACCAACACAUCAAUACGUUUGGAAAUGCUGAUAACUGAAUUUUUUGAUGCUCAAGCAUGCUGUCAUGAGAAGCGUUGAGAUGUCUGUCUCCUGAAUUCAAAAGCAAGAUACCAAUUCAAUUAC